GUCUUUUGACAAAUGGAGACUGGAUUGAUGGGUAACGUCAUGUACCACCUCCCACUCAGACAGAAUAAGAGGACCAUGCGUGCAAUCUUGUUUUAGAAACUCGCUGCCUCACUGCCCUCUUGACUACCGCACGUUACUGAGAGGUGUUUCGCAUACAUUUGGGGCGCCGUGGCACGCUCCUAUAUUUUUCUCGCCAAGGAUAAAUACUGAAAGGCAGAUUGUUGACAUCGCGCUCAAAACUAUCUGAAGAUGUUGUGUUUGCGCUUAGAUUGAUAUUGGAUAGAACAGCCGGCCGUCUCUGGAUGUGUUAGAGGUCCGAAGCCUCAGUGAAAGGAUUUCAUCUGAAACAGUGGACGUUUCCUCUGCCCAGUAUGCACAGGGUACAUGCAUGUUGAUGGCGCCCUCUGAAGUCUGAGAUGCAUUAGUGCAGAUGGUAGACUCGUACCACUGCCAACCAAACCAGGCGUAAAAAUGAGUUCGGCCAAUAGUUUUCAAGAGAACAAGAUCAUCUAUCUGCAUUAUAAUUAUUCAGGGAAAUUGCGCAUGAGGACAGAGAGUGACUCCAUCAAUGUUAAGGAUGUAAUAAUUACCCUGGCAUGUAUUUUGAUUGUCAUUGAGAAUGUGAUGGUCCUUGUCGCCAUUUGGAAAAACAAGAAGUUUCACACAAGAAUGUACUACUUCAUUGGAAACCUUGCCCUAUCGGACCUCUUGGCAGGGGUGGCCUAUCUAAUCAAUAACCUUAUGUCUGGUAGACGCACUCUAUCUCUAACACCUAAUCUGUGGUUUGUCAGAGAGGGAAGCAUGUUCGUCGCUUUGUGUGCAUCAACCUUUAGCUUGUUGGCCAUCGCCAUUGAGAGACACAUGACCAUGGUGAAGAUGAGGCCAUAUGACUCCAAGAAGCAGUACAGACUCUUCCUACUUCUGGGGGCUUGCUGGAUUAUCUCAGUACUCCUGGGAAUCCUGCCCAUCAUUGGAUGGAACUGCAUUGGCAACCUCAAGUCUUGCUCCACAGUUUUACCACUCUAUGCCAAAAGCUAUGUGGCCUUCUGCGUCACCAUUUUGACAGUCAUCUUGCUAGCUAUUGUGAUCCUCUACGUCCGUAUCUACCGGCUCGUCAACUCCAGCAGCCGCAAGGUCAAGAAACGGAAAAACCCAAAGGGCAACCAGUCAGAGAGGGCCAUGGCUCUCCUACGCACGGUCAUGAUCGUCCUAGGUGUCUUUAUAGCCUGUUGGUCACCGCUCUUUAUUUUCCUGAUGCUCGACGUGGCCUGCAGCCCCAAGCAGUGCACAAUCCUCUACAAUGCCGACUGGUGCGUUGCCUUUGCUGUACUGAAUUCGGCCCUGAACCCCAUUAUUUACACUCUGACCAGCAGGGAGAUGCGGGUUGCCUUCUUCAGGCUACUCUGCUGUUGCUUUGUGGGCUCCAGAGUGGCCAGGGAUUUGCCAAUAGCACCAACUGCAGACAACAGCAGGAGUAAGUCCAGCGGGAGCAACUUUAACAAGCCCAAGGAAGAGAUUGACUCCCCAUCAAUGCUCAUUUCGCAAUGUAUAGUCAAAGCAAGUGACUUUUCUCUGGAGAAAGGGAAAUCAUGAGUAUUCCUGCUGAAUAAUCUAAUAAAAGUGCAUUUACCUGCAUUGGGACUGUGAUUUAAAGACCAUUGAUGUCAGUGUUUCUGUGUUAAUGUAUAAACCGUUAGCAAUACCUUGUACAAACAGUACAGUUUCACAACAGUGCUGAUUGGAACCACUUGCUCAGGUUUGACAAUCCUCUGGCCCAAAGGUCACCACACCUUCAGUGCAGGGAGUGUUCAUGUGCAAAGAUGCCGUAUCUCAGUUUCACGCUCACUGAAUGAGGAAAGGGUCCAGAGACAGAAAUACUGUCAUGAUGGUAACAAGUGGGAAAUACAAUCAUUACAAAGCAACCACAGUGUUGAAAGGUCAUCGUUCUGAAAUAUCAAUGUUUUCUCUCAUCAUUGGUUCCAUCAGCAGCAGUGUCAUAUCCCACUUCACCUUUCCAGAAACCACAGUAUCUAUGCCUUUGAUUGAUUUUCUGAUCCUUCGUCAAGAGGUUUCCUAGCUCUAACUAUCCAGACAAACUGGAAUGAGAUCCAGAAGGUUCACAGAGUGUAGGAGAAGUAUGAAAUGGCUUCAGAACAGAGCAAAAAUGGUCCAUUGAUCUGAUUAGUUGGCUGUCUCCUCUAUUCGGUCCAUUGAGUACAUGAUGGCUCCCAGAGAGCAUCUUAUUCAUCCCAUUCCCCGAUCCAAUGUUGUGAUGUAGUUUAUGUGUACCUUGCUUCAUAUAACAGAAAACAGAGUGUUUAUUGUGAGAGAUUGGAUUGGGUCAAAGCAGCCUGGAUGUGCUUUGGACAAGUCACUGAAAGUCAACAUAGGUGCAGUAAUCAAAAAGGGUGCUUGCCCUUUUUAUGAAAUAUUUUGAUUAUGGAAGUGAGAAAUGGAAAUGCAAAUUGCAUUUGUAUAGGGCCCUGGUGAUACCACAGCUGGAAAACUGCGUGCAGUUUUUGUCUCCUUCCCAAAGGAGGGAUGGGUUUGGCAUAGACCAAAUGAAGAAGUUCUAGGAAUGGUAGGUUUGCAGUAUGAGGAAGGAUUAUGAAUGUCAGAACUAUAUUCUGUAGAGUUUGGAAAAUUGAGGGAAGAUUUCAUCAAAACUUACAAACUUUUGAUGGGCUUGAUUGGCAAGAUGCGGAGACGAGGUUUCUCCAAGGGGCAGAGGUAAUGCUCAGCGAGUAAAAGGUGGGACAUUCAGGACCAAACUAAUGAGAAAUUUCUUCAUUCUGAAGUUGGCAAACUUUCAGAAUUCUCUACCCUAGAGAGCUGCGGUAUCCUGGUCAUUGUGUUUGCUCAAAACAGAUAUUGGUGGAUUUCUGCAUAUUAAGAGAAAUGAGAAAUGCCAAAAUAAUGCUGGUAUGUGGCACUCAGAGAGAGGGUUGAUCAUGACAUUGAUGAAUUCUGGAGUAGAUCUGUGGUGUUGUAUGAUCUGCUUCUGCUCCUGACUCUACCCCUGCAAUUUGUUCUCUCACUCAUGUCCUUCAACUUUUCAUUGAGGGUUUUUCUUUGCCGUUAACCUACACUAAGGGUAAUUAACACUAAUCAAUAAUCCUACCAGCACAUUUUUAGUAUAGGCAUAGAAUCCCAAGGCCUGGAUGAUCUCGGAAGUCAUUGAGGAAUCAAACAAAUCCACAUGCUCUGUAUCUAAGGUCAAGAUCCAACCAUAGAAUUCAAUGGUCUUUUUAUAUUGAAUGAACAUCAGCUAUGAACAACAGCUUCGUCUUUGAAUGAAUAACAGGUUCAUCCUUCAGGACUGGAUGAGGGGAGAUGCGAUUGACAAGCUGGCUUGGAUGGAUGGAUAACUUUGUGACCAUGGGGGCAACUUGGGAGAACCAUAGAAAACCAGAGCUAAAUUUUCAGAAAGAAAUUAGAAAUGGUGAUAUAAAUGUAUGCAAGAGAUGACUUAGGCACAAUUCUAAGGAGAGAAAUGGUAAGGGUCAUAGAUUCAUGGAGUACUACAGCACAAAAACAGGCCAUUUGGCCCACCUGGUCCAUGCCAGCCUGAUUUUCUGCCUAGUCUCAUCUGUGUUCACCCAGACCAUAGCCCUCUCUGCCCUUCUCAGCCAUGUUCCUAUCUAAACUUCUCUUAAAUGCUACAGUAAAACCUGCAUCUAUCACUUCCACCAGCAGCUCAUUCCACACUCACACCACCCUCUGAGUGAACAAGUUCCACCUCAGGCUUGUCUUAAAUAUUUCACCUUUCACCCUUCAUCUAAAUCUAAUCUCAUCCAACCAGAAGGAAAAAUAGCCUACAUGUAUUCAAGCUAUCUACACCCCUCAGAAUUUGUGUACCUCGAUAAGGUCGCCCCCCCCCCCAUUCUCCUGCACUCCAGGGAGUAAAGUCCUAAACUAUUCAACCUAUCCCUAUAACUCAGGUCUCAAGUCCCAACAACAUCCUUGUAAAUUUUCUCUGCAUUCUUUCAAGCUUAUUGUUUCCUUUCCUGUAGGUAGGUGACCACACAAUACUCCAAACUUGGACUCACGAACAUCUUGUACAACUUCAACAUAACAUCCUAACUCCUGUAUUCAGUGCCUUGAUUUAUGAAGGCCAAUGUGCCAAAAGCUAUCUUUGUGAUCUUACCUACCCUGUGAUGCCACUUUCAAGGAAUUAUGGAUCUGUAUUCCCAGGUCCUCUUAUGCUAUCACACACCACAGUGCCCUACCAUUCAAUGUGUAAGUGUUACUAUGGUUUGUCACUUCUUAGUUUUGGUGAGACUUUUAAUAAUAACACUGGUAACAAUAUUUAACUUUAGUCUUUACAUUCAGCAUUACCCUUCUCGCCUUCUCUCACGGGCCAAUCUGUUAGUGCUUUCCCAAAAACCUGUCCUUAAAUUCUAUGUAUUUGGCCAAUAUUCCUAAACUUUCUUUAAAGCUCUUCUGAUUCGCUUCACUGUCUUCAUUACCCAUUGCCCAUGUCUCACUAUAGGCAAGUAUGUAGGCAUCUGAAGAUAUAAUGUGUGGAUUUAGUUUGCCCUUUUAUAACAGUGCACUGCUUGUACGUGCCAAAAUGGGAUCGGGGAAAGCUUGGAGAAUGCCAUGCCAUAAUUCCCAUUGCCACUCAGGAGGGUGCAUCAGCUACAGUCUACCCUUCGGCUUGCAGUGGGCAUGUAAACUAUUAUGAAGAAGCAGACCUUGUGGGUUGGAAAUGUGCCAUUAAUUAUAGGUUGAUAGAGAUGGUUUUUGUCAAUCCUCCAAAGGGACUGUUAAUUGUGCACUAUUUAUUAAAUAUUGUGAUUAUUUGUUUUCUGUUGAGCCUUGUAGAAAUGAAUUUUCUAUCGACAAUGUUCAUUUUGAAUUGUACAUGUAUUAGUAGCAUAAACUGUGUAGCUGGUAAUGACGGCCGUAUUAAAUGGACUACCAAUGUACUGCAUGUCAAUGUAUAUUUGUAUGACAGUGUGAGAAAAGGAGCACUUUGAUUAAUAAAGAAUCUGUG